ACCGUUUGAAUUAAGUAAUCGUCUUCAUAGUCAUAACGCCAAAAAAUUAGCAUAGAACCUGAACAGCAGAAAAAAAUGAAUUUUUGUGCUUUUGAGGUUCAAUGCCAACUUUUCGGUGGUCAUAGUCAUUCAUAUUUAAGUGAAAUGUUAAAGUUUAAAUAUGUGCAAUAUAUUUUUAAAAAAAAAUUAUAAUUUGACGUUUAUAUGACACUUCUAAUAGCGCAAUCUACCGGAAUAAUAACAAUAUUAUUGAUCAUAAACAAGAUCGUAUUUGAUAAUCGCAUAAUGAUUUAAAUUAAUGCAAAUUUAGUGCAUCUCAGCUAUAAGAUAUAUUUUCAAAACAGUUAACUAAUAACAACAAUAUUAAUUGCGUUGACUUUGUUUAAUAACGAGGUGAUGUAACUUUAAAAUCUAUGUACAUAUGUAACUAACAACUCUGCAUGCUAAUGAUAAUAAACAUAUCAUAAUAAAUCAAAAUUUAAAUUACUAUUAACGAAAUAAUUAAUUAAAUUCGUCGUUUAUAAACGAAGUCAAAUUGAUGAUUCCAUGGAUGCGUAGCCGAAUAGCAGAAGCCUGGUAUAAUAGAAAGAGUUCAAGGACUGCCGAAAGGCAGUCCUUGGCUCCUUCUUCAACUAGCACAGGCAAUUCAGAAAGUAAUAAAAGCAUGAAUCUGAUAUCCUCUGGUCCAUUUUUCGUUAAAGUUAUCAGUACGAAUGGUUUUGUAUUACAUAUGGAUGUAGAUAUGAAUACCACGAUUAAAAUUAUUAAAGAAGUAGCAAUUCGACAUUUUCAUGGGAUGUUUCAUGAAAUUUCAUUGUUUGAUAAAUUUCGUUUAGUCCAUGCAAAUAAGCUUAAACAACUCGCAGAUAAUAAAACAGUGCAGGACGAAGAAAUCGCUUUUCGUGAUGAAUUACUAUUAAUGCCUAUCAACUCUUAUUUUAAGGCAUAUCGUUCAUCGGAAGAAAAUAUUAGAGGUCCAAGCAUAAGAGAUGUAGAAGAGGCUACUCAUAAUUUACCCAUAAGAAAUCCACCUAAAUAUAUACCACCUCUUUAUUUCUCACUUGUGGUCGAAACUCAUAAAAUUUUAUUAACGCUUACAUAUUCGUCGGCUCGAUUAUUAAUGUGUAGUUCAGAAGCACCGAAUCUAUUUCAAACGAUUAAAAGGAAAUAUAAAAAAUUAUGUUUACCGUCAAUUGGCUCGGAACAUUUACAAACGUUAACUGAUAUUGGUUACUCUACGCAACAGGGGAUUGUAGCACUUUACGUAAAAAAGAACAAUGUGACACAGGCUUUAGACUGGCUGAUAAAACAUCAAGAAUAUCCAUCUGAGUAUUUUACUAUUUCAGUAAUAUUAAAUUUGAUAGCCAAAAAGAAGGGCAAUGAAGUAGAUUCUAAUUCACCAGAGAUUGUACAGAUUAACUAUUGGAAUGCAUGCAAUGAUCUUUUUAGUGAUGGAAGCACGAAAUACGUGGAAGAGAAUUUAUUAAACAUUGUAACUGUCUUAAUAGAAUAUUUCCGGUAUAUCUACAAAUUUAAUUUUAAAGCAGAAGAAGAAUUGGUAAACAAAUUUUUGGAAAUGGGUUUUCAAAAGAAAGAUAUAAUAGAAGCAUUAAAAGCUUGUGGAAAUGAUGUAUUUAAUGCUUGCGAAUGGUUACUUGGUAAUCGAGAAUUAAGUUUAAUAGAUACGAAUAUCGGCUUUAGCUCAAAUGAUUUGAUUUAUCAAGCAUUUAUGAAUAAUCCUCAAAUACAACUCAACAUUAAUAAUCCAAACGCGCUUCUCGUAUUCUUAAAGAUCCUAGAUGAACCUGUUAUUUCAGCCGAAUGGAUCAGCGAUCCCGAAAUCUUUCCUCUAAUUGAUCAAAUAUUUAAAACAUAUCAUGCCGAAAAACGACUUCAUUUGUCCUAGGAUAUUUUAAUUUUAUUAUAUUAAAAUGAAAAUCUUCUUAAUCUAUGGGACAAACAUAUUUUCAUAUUAAACUUACAAAAAUAGAUCUUAAUGCAAGAUAUAUAUGUCGAUUGACAAGAAAUUCGGUAUUUAAAUGCAGUUUGUUAAAUAAAGAGAGAAAAAAUCA